CUCCUCACAUACAUGCAAGGUCAAGUACUCCACUACAUCCUGCAUUGCUAAUCCAACGUUUAUUCUCUUCCACAAAUGGGUUACUCUCUCUUUGGCACCAUGGUGAUGUUGCCUAUGUUAGUUCUUGCAUGCCUCUUAGGGAGUGUAUUUAGUAACUUCAGUGAAGAAUUUGAUAUAACUUGGGGUGAUGAUAGAGCUAAAAUGCUGAACAAUGGUGAAGCUUUAACUUUAUCGCUUGAUAAAAACUCUGGGUCUGGUUUCCAGUCCAAGAAUGAGUACUUGUAUGGGAAGUUUGAUAUUCAACUCAAACUUGUCCCGGGCAACUCUGCUGGCACUGUCAGCACUUACUACUUAUCAUCUCAAGGACCGAACCAUGACGAGAUUGAUUUCGAGUUCUUGGGGAAUUUAAGUGGAGAUCCUUAUAUAGUACAUACAAAUGUUUACAGCCAAGGGAAAGGAGACAGGGAACAACAAUUUCAUCUUUGGUUUGAUCCAACUCAAGAUUUCCACACCUACUCAAUCCUUUGGAACCCUCUACAUAUUGUGUUCUAUGUUGAUAGCACUCCUAUAAGAGAAUUCAAGAAUUCAGAAGCAAUGGGUGUUCCAUACCUUGAUAAGCAACCAAUGAGGGUCUAUUCAAGUUUAUGGGACGCUGAGGAUUGGGCGACAAGGGGUGGACUUAUCAAAACUGAUUGGACCCAAGCUCCCUUUAUAACAUCCUUUCAGAAUUUCAAAGCUGAUGCUUGUAUUCAGUCUUCUGCACCAUCUAGCCCUUCUUCACCUUGCUCAUCACUGAAUUCUACCGCUUCUUCUUCUGACAGAACUUGGCUAUAUCAAGAGCUUGACUUGAAGAGCCAAAAGAGACUGAGGCGAGUCCAGAAGAAAUUUAUGAUAUACAACUAUUGUACUGAUUCAAAACGUUUCCCACAAGGCUUCCCCCCUGAAUGCAGCAAGAAAUCUACCAAGUCCUAGCUUAGUAGUUCAACUCUUUUGUACACAUUGUAUGUUAUGUGUAAUAACUUGUUUUUAUUUUUGUUUUCUCAUUUUUCUUGUACUUAUGUAUGUAAAAGUGAUGAAUAAUACAAUCUAGUCGGGGACUAGUACUCAUGAUAUAGAGUUUCGCCCAACGU